UGCAAGCGUCGUCAGGCAGGCAGGCCGGGUCAAUAUCAAUCGGGCAGGUAGGUACAGGGGGGAGCAAGCGGAGAAUGGUCGGGGUCACAAGCCAGGGAUCAGGAGCAGGAGAAUGGUCAGACAAGCCAGGGAUCAGAGCAGGGUCAGCAGAGAAUCAGACAGGAACAGGGAACAGGAACAGGAUACCAGGGCGGCCCAGGAUGGAGAAACAUACACCAAGGCAGAGUCUGCAGGUCUGGCCAUCCCUUAAAUACCCCAGUGUAAGCAGUUUCAGGUGUUUAGCUGGCUGCAAGGUUGAGAUCUCUGAUUGCUGGGAGCACCCGCUGGCCAGCCCCGGUACUGCACCCAUAAGGCAGGCGAGUCCCACCAUUGCUGGCCAGUCCAUUCCUGACAGU